AUAUACGUGUUCACAUUUUAGUAAUUUUAGAGCUACUGGCUAAAUGUAUUUAUUAUCCAUGGAUACUAGUCGAUCAGGCCAUUGAACCUUCUGCCUACCGAGGCAAAAAAAUUAAUUGUCAAAUACUGCAAAUUGUCAAAUGUCAUUUUCAAAGAAUAAUCUCAAAAACAUGGUGGCAACUCAGUAAAGUGGGUGAACUUUUUGAGUAAUCAUUAAAAAUUUUGAAGCUUAUUUAGCAGGAGUGUUUGAAACAAUUUGUAAACACCGUCAUAAUAAGCUUCAUACAUAACCGAGGAUGACGUCUGAGGAAACCCAUAUUUCUGAAGAACUGAAAGGAUGCUACGAGAAUCUUAUUGUAAUCGAUAUAGGUGCUAAUCUGACCAACAAGAAGUACGGCCGUGAUCUCGAUUCCGUUGUGCAGAGGGCUAAGGAUGCAGGAGUCCAAAAAAUCAUGGUUACGGGAACAUCAGUUAGGAACAGUAAAGAGGCUCUCAGGUUAACCCGACUGUACCCCAGCACUAUAUACUCGACUGCAGGCGUGCAUCCCCAUGACGCAAAGUCGAUGGCUGACGAGGAAAUGUGGGCGGAGCUUCUGGAGACCGCUUCGGCACCAGAGUGCGUCGCCGUCGGGGAAUGCGGCCUCAACUACACCAAGGACUUCUCUGAGCCACACGUCCAGAGAGAAGUCUUCAAACGUCAGGUCGAAAUGGCGUGUGACUUAAGGAAACCGCUAUUCGUCCACGAGAAGGAAGCUCAAGAAGAUCUUAUCAAGAUACUGGACGAGUUCGGCGCCAGGCUACCGCCGGUCGUGAUACACUCCUUCACCGGGACAGUCGAGCAAGGGAUCAGAUAUAUAGAAAAGGGCUAUUAUCUUGGAAUAACAGGGUACAUUUGUAAGGACAAGUCCGACGGCGGCAUCAGGAGGCUGCUGUCAGAGAGGAUUCUGCCACUGGACAAGCUUCUGGUCGAAACGGAUUCCCCCUUCAUGUACCCGAAUAUGAGGGCGUCGAAACUGCCUUUGCACGUAAAGGAAUCUCUGACUGAGAGAUCAAUGAACUUCGUGAAUCGUUACUGCACGUUCCAACGCAACGAGCCGUGCGCCCUGCCCGCCGUGGUGGAACUGGUGGCUGGCUUCCUGGCCACCAGCCCUGCGGACGUGGCGCUGGCCACCGCCUUCAACGCCCUCAAGCUCUUCGGGCUGAGCCAGUGAACGUCAGGUACGUCGGCGUUGCCAGCUCAGGUAUCGGUGUUGCAAGAUUCAAAAAAUAUACAGAAAGGAUUUUUUUUAAUUAGAUAAUUAAUUAGAUUGUGCAUCUGAGCUGGCUGUGUUAGAAUUGUGUAACACAUUAUCUACAGCAUGUCCAUUUGGGUUAUAAUUAAAAACAGCAAUAACCGAAAUAUAAAAUCAGUAGCUAUAUUUAUUUAGUCUUCUGAGGAUAUAUUUUAGGAGAACUCUUACAGUAGUUUAGCGCGUCCGUAUAGUGCGUUCAAAGCAGACACUAUGGACAGUGUCAUUUACAAUGUUAAAGAAGAGAUGUAAGCUAAAAUUAUAUAAUCAAUAGCGGAAAUAUUAGAAAUCAGAUUACCGAAUGAAUUUAUCGAGGAUCUGUUUUACACAAUUCUAACGUCGAGUGAACUUUUUAUACUAAAGAAUCGGAAUUCACGAGCUUUGAUUGGAUCAUCGUACAGGUUGUAUGUAGUGCCUUACUGCAAUAAGAUUGUAUGGAAUAUAUCAGAACAAUAACGCGAAGAAAUUAUUUACGUACCUAUUUACAAAAGUUAUUUUUUCUUUCUUCUUUUGAAGUAAAUGAAUGUUUUUGAAAAUAAACUUUGACGUCAUCCUUGAAAAUGUUUGAAAUCGAAAUUUGAAACGCAUCUCGAAAUGAAAUACUCAAAAUAAUCAUCGAAAACAAAAAAAAAAUCGACCAUUUUGUGGAUAAAACUAAUUGUUACUAAUGGCGAAAUUUCGAGGCUAAGGGCGUGUUUAUACUUGACUGAUUUAAUUUUGCGAUUAUAUUCUUUAAUACUGUGAGAUUAAGUGUGGUUUAGCGCUGUAAGCGAUUAUCAUGUUUUGACGUUAGAUUCAAAUUCUGAAAUCGUAAAAUAAAAAUAGUUUCAAUCAUAAACCACAGAUCGCGAAUAUCUAAAAAUGUUUUACGUUUUCCUGAAAGAAAUGUACUUGAUAGAAAUGUGCUUUUGAAUGUCAAAGGUUAGAUAGCGUGUUUGCUGUGUCUCGACAUUGUCAAUGUCACGGGUUAAUGGUUGACUUAAGCCGUACACGCUCAACUGUCAAAGCUAAAGGCGGCGUUCCGAAAGCAUUGCAAGCAUGGCAGCAUUGUCAUUGUCGAUGGGUUUUUUUUGAACACAAAAUAGUCUACGUUUUUGUCAGUCAAUAUAACGCGCCCUAUUUUUUAACUAACAUUUUAAUAUCUUGCCAAUGUGUAUUUUAGUUUUAAUGCCUCUCUAAAUAUGUUAUGCCUUUUGAUGGACUGAUUUAUAGAGACCGUGGAUAUCGGAAUUAUAUUAAAUGGUUUUUUUUUAAUAAUUAUUAUUAAAAAAUGUUUAAAACCAUGUAUUUUUACGUCACACGGAGCGUACUAAGAAUGCUCUCGAGUCCAAGAAUAUGCCAUUUAAUAAAUAAAUAAAUAAAAAACAGUAAUGUAAAGAAAACACUUGUUUUUAAAAUGCAUAAUGUUAUAAAAGUUAAUUUUUGUUAUUAAAUAUGUUCGUAUAACUGAUAUAAUUUAUCUUUUUGCCAUUUAAUUCGCAUGCCGAUUAAGAAACGCCAAAAUGGAUAUAAGAAUUAUUGGUCGUUAUUAUCCAGAAGUUUGGAAAUCGUUUGAUAUUAGAGGCGAUUAUAGUGUUUUAUUGACGGUGAUUAGUGGCAUUUUCGAUUGCAUUUCUCAUGCGAAUUAUAGGGUAAUAUUUAAUAUUGAUAAUAUUAUGUCAGUUUGUAUGAAUAAUAUUUUAUGUUUAUUAUUAUUAUUAUUAUUUUUUCGAAGCUUCGUUUUUGUGUAAUUAUGCACACGUCUUUAUGAGCAGUAUGGUAGGAACAGACUUUUGAUCUCAGAAUCGACUAGAAUAUUAUUUAUUAAAACUAACAAUAGUGUUUAAAAAAUCUUUUUUCGUUACUAAAGUAAAACCCUAAAAACAUUUUAUUGUCCUAUGUAAAGGCCCAAAUGUUUUUUUUUUUAAAUGCAUAAUAGUGAAAAUAAUGGCGUAUCGUUUUUAAUUAUAGCAUAGAUUUUAUAUAAUAUAAAAUUGUGACUUAAUGUACGUGGAAAAAAGUCAUUGGUAUAUUGAUUCAUUUGACAUUCAAAAUUGGAAGUGUGCAGCUUUAAAAUGAGCUCCUCAAACCCACGUGAGCUAAUCAUAAGACUGAGGUAAUCGAAUAACCCUUCCAGUAAUGAAGGGGGUGAAAAAAAAACGCGUAGUAAAUUAUGCUCAAAAAUUUUUUUGCGCAGUGUAUUACUUACUGUGCACAAUCCAAAAAUCAGCUGAUAUCCGGGGUCAAUGGCCGUCCAUGACUCGUGUUGGUACUUCAGUCUAUUAAUUGAAUAUUUUUCAUAUCGAUUUUUAUCACCUUAAUCGACCUUAUUAGGUCACAUCACAUACGCAAUAUUGAAUGUUAAAUGUAUUCUUGAAUUAAUUAUUUAGAUUGUUUAACACAGUUUGUUGUUACCAUAUUGUGAACGCACGGUGUUCGGUGUUGUAGUUGUAUUUUUUUUUUUUGUCUCCGCGCGGAGAUUUUCCUAUUUCGAAUUGUUUAUUGUCUAUAAUCGAAUAUAUUGUAAAUAGAUUUAGGAUUAGUAAUUUAAAAAUGUAAUUGAAAUAUCGAAAAGAGAAUUGUGAUUGGAAAUAAUGUUGAUAGUCGAGUAUUUUGUAAUAUCUUUUUUUCUUUUAAUCACAAUUAUUUUUUUGUUAUUUUAAUCAAGCUUAGGGCUGGUUUACGGAGAGGGAAGUUUAUCGAAUGUGAACAGGCGAGAAUCGAAAUUAUCAUGACAUUUAAACCAUGGAUGAUCCACAUUUUGACAAAUGUCUUUUUUAUAGUGUAGUUAAAAUCUGUUAAAAAUUAAGGAAGUUAGGGUACUUUAAUUUCACCCUAGACAGAGAACUGUAUAUUUUGUACAGUGACGUCAGCGUUCAAAACGAUGACAAACUAUAAAGCAUACCUUCUCAAUCGAAUAACGUUUAAAUCUCAGAACUUGAUUGUUCUAUUUUGAUUAUUUCUGAGGAAAAAAAAGUUUUAUAUUUAAUUGUAUUCGUCACAGAGUACAGUUUACAAUCAAUUACCACGACGCGCUCUCUCAUAUUACGGUACAUUUUAUAUUAAAUAUGUAUACACUUGACGGUAGUAUUCAGGUAAUUCUCGUUCCGUAAAUCAGUCUGUAGUUAUAAGUUUAUUUGUCGCUUGACUUUUGUUUUGCUUUCGAAUACUGAAACUUGAAUUCGUUUGACGAGUUGGAGAGUUAUUUCUACGCGUCUGUGAGUUUAAACUCGUGCCUCGUGGAAGUAGGAAGGGUGUAAAAUAAAUAUAGACGCUUGAAAGGCAAACGUGACUAAGCGACAAUGCGUGAACUAUACAGUAGACUAAUUUAAAGUUGAAAUACCUGAAAACAAAUUUUAUUUUAACGAAUCUAGCUGUAGUAGAAUCUAGCUAGUAGCUGUAGGACUGAAAUGAUUUUAAUAGACCUAGAAAUAUAUUUUUUUUGCGCAUCGAAUAUGGUUAUUGCAUAUCAUUUAUGUACAAAGCAGUUAUUGUCGCUUAGUCACGUUUGCCUUUCAAGCGUCGAUAUAACCUUUGAUGUUUAUAUAUUAGCUGCGGCUACUUCAAGCUCACGGAACUUUGGCGUCGUCUAGUUUGAUUUAAUCUAGUCGAUUUUUGCUGUCAGUUAAGAUAUACAGCGAAAGCAUUUGCUUAUAUCGAACUUUGAGGACCUGAAUGUCCUGUGAGCGCAUCCUUUUCCGUCUGGAAUAAACCCUUAGGAGGCUACCAACGAAUAGGUAGGAGAAAAAAUAGCUAUUGCAAUGUUUGGAGUUGGCCCAAAAUGUGUUGAAGGCUCGAAAUGUAAGCCGUUUAUAUUUUCAACUAGCUGACCCGGCAGACUUCGUAGUGCCUCAAUCGAUAAACAAAAGACCUGAACUUUUGUAUAAAAUAAACUUAAAACAAACAAAAGGAAUCCGUCCGACGGGGUGACACCUGAAAGGAAAAAUAAAAUUGUUAUUUUUAUUUAAUUCCGAGAAUUUUCAUAUUUAUCUACUUUUUAAACCUUCUCUGGUCUUACACAAAUAAUUCAAGACCAAAAUUAGCCAAAUCGGUCCAGCCGUUCUCGUGUUUUAGCGAGACUAACGAACAGCGAUUCAUUUUUAGAUAUAUAGAUAGAUAGAUAACAGAUACAUUGACGUUAUUGAACAGUAUGUCAGCGGUUGUUGGGUUGUUUGCACUCGGCAUCCCAGUACUACCCUUUCGAUUGUACCCCAGUCCAACCAAGCUAAAGUGGCGUGGACGAAGAUUGGCGCGAAAUUCGAUUUUCAGUGUUCGAAAUCUGAAUAUUAAUUUAAUGCUGUAGUCACAACGAAAUCAAAGACUGCGAGUAUUAAAAAGGAUUAAACAUAUUGUAAUAAAUGUGUGACAUUAUUAUAAAAAUUGUAUUUUGUUUUAAAAUCGAGUGAUGCAAAAGCAAACGCGUUAGUUUUUUUUUAUAAACUGGCAACACUUUGUCUAACUGUCCGGUAAACUAGUAUGCGAUCCCAAUGUCUUCUUGCAGCUACUAAUACCUGAAUAUUCAGUCUGUAGCAGGAUUUUACGUGUUUUACCGAAGCGUUUGCUUUUUAAUUUCUCGAUCGUUAGUCUUUUUCAAAUGUACCCUCCUUAAUUAUUAAGGGUAUAAGUUAUUUAAUUCGUUUAUUUUUUGACAAUCACUUGUUUAGUUAUUUAAGACGUGAUUAUUUAUAUUAUCGAAACUGGAAUUUAUUAAUAUAUUUACGUUCCAGUGGUAAGUUCGUGUUUUUUUUGUUUUUGCAAUAAAAUAUUAUUAUAAUAAUAAUCAUAGUGCCUUCUACAGACGUCCUCUUGUGAUACAAAGUUAUUUUUUGUAUAAAUAAAAAUCUAUUAGAUAUUGUACAGUUUUAUUUCUUUUCAAAUAUACAAAAUUGAUGGAAA